AAGCAGACGGAGUUUCAGCGGCCACCCUUACCACCCACUUCCUUUCUGUCCGACAUCUUAUCUUGGAGGCGGCAGCUUCUGGAGUUCCUGAAGCCUCACCAUGCCGCCCAAAGACGAUAAGAAGAAGAAAGAUGCCGGCAAGUCGGCCAAGAAGGACAAAGAUCCCGUGAACAAGUCUGGGGGCAAGGCUAAGAAGAAGAAGUGGUCCAAGGGAAAAGUUCGAGACAAGCUCAAUAAUCUGGUUCUGUUUGACAAAGCAACCUACGACAAACUCUGCAAGGAGGUCCCUAACUAUAAACUUAUCACCCCAGCAGUAGUCUCAGAGAGACUGAAGAUCCGGGGUUCUUUAGCCCGGGCAGCCCUCCAGGAACUGCUUAGUAAAGGUCUGAUUAAGCUAGUUUCCAAACACAGAGCACAAGUGAUCUAUACCAGGAACACCAAGGGUGGAGAUGCUCCAGCUGCUGAAGAUGCAUGAAAUGGUUCAACAUUUGUGUACAUUUUCAAAAAUAAAUUUAUUCAACUAAAACCUAGUGCUGUGUUUCCUGGGGCCACAACUGAAUUGGAUUGUGUUAGAAAAAAACAAAUUUUAUUUACAAUGACCAUAAUAUUGCUAAGUUGUGAAUAAAAUUCAGCCCCCACGUAGUCCCACUUGAUGAUAGGCUACUGCUUUGUUUCCGCUUUGAAUUGAUGGCUGGAAAGAAAGAAAAAUUUCAAAGAUGAGGGUUGAGUUUAAAAAAAAAAAAGCUGAAA